CUGGACUCAUGCAGUCGCUGGGGACGUGCCGCUCGCCGCGCUGUGUCACCUGCACGCGCAUAUGAACACACCUCUUCUUCUUCCUCUUCUUCCUCCGCGCGUGUAGCCGCUCAUGGAGUGUGACGGGACUCCGGGCGUCGCGUCCGUCAAGCGUCAGGCGGUGAAGCGGCACCAUCACAAACACAACCUCAAACACCGGUACGAGUUCCUGCAGACGCUCGGGACAGGCACGUACGGGCGCGUGAAGAAAGCCACGGACCGAUCCGGGACACCGGUGGCUGUAAAGUCGAUCCGUAAGGAGAAGAUCCGAGACGAGCAGGAGCUGAUCCACAUCCGGCGCGAGAUCGAGAUCAUGUCGUCUCUCGCUCAUCCUCACAUCAUCAGCAUCCACGAAGUGUUCGAGAACAAGGACAAGAUCGUGAUUGUGAUGGAGUACGCCAGUAAAGGAGAUCUGUACGACUACAUCUGUGACAAACAGCACCUCUCUGAGAGUCAGGCACGGAUCUUCUUCAGACAGAUCGUCUCUGCGGUUCAUUACUGCCACCGGAACGGGAUUGUUCAUCGUGACCUGAAGUUGGAGAACAUCUUGCUGGACGAUAACUGCAAUAUAAAAAUCGCUGACUUCGGGUUGUCAAACUUGUACCAAGGUGAUAGAUUCCUGCAGACGUACUGUGGCAGUCCUCUGUACGCUUCGCCUGAGAUUGUGAACGGCCGGCCGUACAGAGGACCCGAGGUGGACAGCUGGUCUCUGGGGGUGUUGCUCUACACCCUGAUCCAUGGAGCCAUGCCUUUCGACGGACACGACCACAAGAACUUGGUCCAGCAGAUCAGCACCGGAAACUACCGCAAACCCACCAAACCUUCUGAUGCGUGUGGUUUGAUCCGCUGGAUGUUGAUGGUAAACCCCGAGCGUAGAGCUACUUUGGAGGAGAUCGCGGGUCACUGGUGGCUCAACUGGGGCUAUCAGCUCCCUCUCCUGGCUCCGAGUGAACCUGCAGCUGUGCAUCAGGAGCCAGGACAAGCGGCUCGCAUCGCAGACUGGCUCCGCCGCACGUCUCGCCCUCUUCUGGAGAGCGGCUCUAAGAUGCGCUGCCUGCUGCGGACAGGUGGGGAACCGAUCCAGAGACAGCGCUCCAUACGCCGCUCAAGCAAAGAAAACAACGUCUCGCAGACCAUACAGGAAGCUCCUCGUCCGUCUAAAGGGAUUCUGAAGAAGCGGGGAAGUCUUAAACAGAGAGCGCCCGGGGACUCCCAGGCUACACCGUUGGAGGAGAAGAGCCAGAACACUUUGGCACCACCUGUUCUGCCUCCACCUCCUAAAGGCAUCCUGAAGAAGCCUUCGGAAGGCGAGUCCGGCUAUUACUCCUCUUCUCCGGUGAGCUCCGGACAGACUCUUGGGAACCCGUCACCGGUGCCGCACCGCAAGGGCAUCCUCAAACGCCACGGCAAGUUUUCCGGCGGCCUGGAGGAAUUCGGAUCGCUGGACCAGCUUGCUCCUUCCUUAGCGACAGUGGUCCACCGAUCCCGACCGAGCGGCGCGGUCAGCGAGGAUAGCAUCCUCUCCUCGGAGUCCUUCGACAGACUUGACCUACCUGACCGUGAGAUUCCCGUCGCUCCGAUGGAGCGUCCAGCAGCUGGACGCAGGAUGAGAGGAAGCGUGUCCGCUGACAAUCUCCUGGACUUGAGGGAAGAGUCUCAGUACCAGGGACACUGGGACAUGGCUUGCUACCGUGCAGGAGUGUCUGAUAGCGUCUUUUCAAUUUCUAACUGUGAAAACGUCACUCAGAUUUACAAACAAGCCUUGGGAGCAACUGCUAGCUGAAACGCACAGCGACUGUGAUGUUCAGAAUCUGUCAGAGAUUAAGCAACUCCAGUUGUGCUUGGAAAAGGGAACUGUUUGGUAGCAAGCAAUGUUCUGGAGCAUGGUUUAGAGGACAGGACGUCAUGCAUUUCAUUCUGGAAUCACAGUUGCAUUUGCAACAUGCAAAACAUUAUACUUUGUUUGAGGAAAGUGCCUUUUAUUUUGUCAGCUGCAUUGCUUCCAGUGAUUCUUUGAAAUGUCUGUGGUUUUUAAAUGACUUGUUUAGGGUGUCGGCUAACAAAAAAUUCCAAAGAUGACUCGUGAUUAAAUUUGUGAAUUUAAUUAGUUUUAAAGGUGAAUGCUGGUGGUAGACUGCAGAAAUCUCCAAGAACACGUGAACGACUUUACAACGUGACAUUAUCUGCUCAGAGUUCAGGAUGCAAUAAA